UCGGACACCAUUGAACUAUAACACUCGUUUAGACUAGUGAAACAGGCGACAUCAUUAAUAGAUAUUGCAUUUUAAUCUGUAUGUCGCUGUUUGAUAUCAGCGGUCACGUGGUCGAUAAAAUGUUAUCAGGAAUAUGACAGACUCGCUGGACGUUUCUAAGCCGGUUUGUGAAAUUCGGUAAAGUUCAUUCAAAGUUUGUUUAUUUUCGUGGAAAAAGCAAGAUUAAUUUGAGUGGGAUUUAUGAUGACAUGGGAGGACUUCGUGAAUGCAUGGUUGUCGUCACAAUCGGUGUGUGCCUGGGGUCUUCUGCCAGAGGUGCAGACGUCACAUGCCAACCGCCCAACAGCACAGAAUACUUCAACAGUCUACCCAGCAUGCCUAAAUUCGCGGAUGGUUUCCACGUGUGGAUGGAGAUUAAGACGGAAAGAAGCAACAGAACGGUGUUUGUCGAGGAGUCUAUGAAUAAGAGCGGCAACAUUGCCGUCCUCCGCCUCCUCAGCAAUGGCGUGGAGACCAAAACCAUCUUUUUGUACGAUGUGCAACAGACAUUGGUUAUCAUGGGUACAAACUGUGCAGUAGGAACCAUCAUUUCCGACCCAAGUCUAUUCGUUGCCGGGCCCCAGAAUGCUGGUGGUAUGACUUAUUUACCGACGGGACUAUUUGCUAAUCUUUCAGCUCCCAAGGUGUAUGCCGGUAGACAGGAAGUAAGGGGCAUACCUUGUGAUCGAUGGCACGCGUGUGUAUCCACGCCACACGUGAAUUACACUGUAGAUUUUUAUUUCACAGUGCACGACUGGCAGACGCCUUCCAGCAACCCGCAAGUACCCGUCAGGUUCAUGGUGCAAGGACAGCAAGCACUUGACCCAGCCUCCCCGUCUCUCUUCAGUCAAGUGUAUGACUUCUUUGGGUAUGAACCUCAGAGUGUCGUUGAUGAAAAAGUCUUUGAGACUCCCAAAGGAAUUGUGUGCUUUGGAAGGAAAGGGCCUAGUAUUUCUACAACCCUUAUAACCAGCGGUUUCUAUCAUUAUCGCCAAGAAUCUGUGGACAUCGUAAACAACAUUGUCCGAGGGUCAGAGGUAUGGUACGACUCCACAACCAAGUUUGUUCGGGUAGACUAUAACUCACCUAAUGGGGGUCCUAUGUCAGAAGUGCACGACUUCAACUUUGGGACGCGUUACUUAAUAAAUGUGAGCUCAGGGCAGUGCACACAAACGAGAUUGGAAGUAAACAACAUCGACUCCAUGCUGAACGCUCAAGCUUACUUGGUGAACGACAGCUAUGUACUUACGUUGAAAGACCCUCUGAGUUUCUUUUUCCUGAACUCUAGCUUCAUUUACUCGGGGCAGCGGAAGACGAGGGACGUCCUUUGUGAGGUGUUCACCUCCCAGCGCCCAAACUUUGAUUACUUCAACAACGGCAGCGCUUACACGGCUACGGUUGAAGCGUACUUUGUAUCAGCCCUCUGGAGUGACGUGUCUUCUCGCACGUACGAGAUGGUGGAUGAACCGUUCACCCCCUUCAGAGUGGAGCUGACCAUUCCAACGCUGGAUAUCGACACCAUCUUUAAUAUUUACGACUAUGACGACAAUCAGCCGGAUAGGGAAGUCUUUGAUGUUGCCGGCUGUUUCAAUUCGUCCGCCCGGCUUGACUUUAGGAUCCGUUUAGUAGGCGAGUCUGUAUACUACAUCUAUAACGGUCACACGGGACACCUCGUGGAAGCCCAAAUGCAGGAUCUUCUGGCGAACUUAAUGCAAGUCAACCGUCUUCGCGUAAUGCGAGUGCGGCUGGAAUAUGACACCCAUUAUAUCUUUGUGCAGGCGAGCCUGCUCGACCGCACCCCGUCAUUAGUACAGUUCACGCGCCUGCCGAACUCGGUGAUCGAACAGAGCGACGACUUUCAGUACCCCGACAUCCCCAGUGCGGCUGCCUGUAGUGAGAUGUGCAUGCUGAGCCCAGGGUUUCGGUGCAUGAGCUUCGAGUACUGCCCCGACGGCUGGAUGCCCUGCAGACUCAGCCGGCGCCACGUCAGCGAUGGAGAAUCGACUGUCUCAUCCAGUCGCUGCGACCUGUACUCAAGGACUGUUGAUACUCAAAAUACAGCAGAAGAACCAACAAUUGGAGAGGCGUACUCAAAUCUUCUUGAGAAACUAGAGUCGCAAAACUUUUACAUCUAUAUUUCAAUGAGUGACAUCAGCGAAAAUGAAGCACCCUUUAUUGCUAUAGCUUCAGAAAUAGUCUUUGGUGAUUAUGAGAAUGUGCAACUUCCAUCCCUGCCAGCCAAGUUCUCUUAUCGCAUGGAGAUUGUCUUUCCACAGAGCAGCAUGGUCAAUGUCUACGAUGUGUGGUAUGACUCACCUAACGAGCUUGUGCGCAUUGACUUCCAUGAUUUAGUCCCAGGACCUCCUUACUACACACCAUACACAGUUAGCCGCAUCCAUGACUUCACCAGAGGGAUCACAUAUGACAUUGACACCCACCAAGGCAACUGCACUGUGAGUCCCAUCCAAAACUUUGGUGACAUUGAUGUUCAGCUUCUGAACAGCUCAAGGUCAAGAGCAGGAAUAGAGAUGGUUAGCAUGAAAUCUCCUUCUCAACUGUUUCACCUGGACAAUACCUAUAGAUAUACAGGUCAGAAAACUGUGAGAGGCAUCUUGUGCGAUGUGUUUGAAUCAGCAAGGGCGGAUUUCCAUUUUGGAGAAACUGACGGUAGAGUACAACACUCAAUCUUCCAGUAUUUUUUCAUAGCUAGUGACUGGUCAUAUAUUGCUGACAGCGAAGAUGUUGCUACAAAACAGGCACCUGUGAUGCUCACUGUGGCAGAUGCUGAGGCAAAAAUAUACAUGAUAUACAAUUUCUUUGACUUCAAUGAUGAAUACUUGACUUCUCAGAACUUUGACAUAAGCCCAUGCUUCUCAGAUGAUCAAAAGAUUGACUUUGUCAUUGAUUUUAAUCAGACUUAUCACCCAUACCUGGAUACACACGAGUAUGACUUCAGAGAACAGGCUCAGUCAAAACUAUCAUCCCUUAUCCGAAUGUCACCGCUACGUCUGCAGGAUCUACAGGUUACAUAUCAGUCAAGCCAAACAUUUCUCGUUGCCACGCUGCUGGGCACAGCGGCACCCCAGUUUUAUUUUGGUGAGGAUGGGUCUACUGCACCAUACCAUGCCACUAAAAUGGUGCCAGACUCUGAUGUUGUAAGCUGCGCCAAUGUGUGCUAUAAUAGUACUAGCAUGCUGUGCAACAGCUUUGAUCUGUGUGAUGAUAAAACCUGCUUACUCAGCACCCUCCAUGUCCCAGAUGGCAAUGCCACUGGACAGUCAGGACACUGCCGCCAUUUUUCUCGAUUAACAAAUGCUACAUAUGCAGAACCACCUGUGGAAAUGGCUUAUGCCAUCAUGAAGGAUUUGGUCUACAAAGGUUUGCUUAGCAUUCAGAUACCUGUUCCUGGCAAUGGAUCACAGAAUGUUAUCUACACUGCAAAGGGUAUCAGAAAUGAUAUUUUACGUUCAAAACCCCCAAGUGAUACUGAAGAAGCGGAUCUUCAUGGGUUCACACAUGCUGGCUAUAACAUAAAGACGGCUCAGUCAAGAUGGGCAAUCACUGGGAUAGCUGUGGAUGACUGUGCGUCAGCCUGUCUCAGUGAACAGUUCUUUGAUUGUGAUGCGUUUGAUUACUGCUACAAUACUGGUGACUGCUUCCUCUUUGACAGUUGGGUUGUAGACCACGCUGAUUUUGAUAAUUCUUCCACCUGUGACCUCUUCAGACGACUGUACACAGACAAGUUCACAAUGUACCCAGGCCAAAUCUUGGAGAGUGCAGCAGAUGUUGUCUUGAAGACAUCUUCUGUAGAGAUGUGUGCCAAGCAGUGCUACCAGGGCCUAGGUUACAAUGUCAGCUGUCGAUCUUUUGACUUCUGCGCCAUCACCAGUGACUGUCUGCUCCGGCAUGUGCAUAUGCUAGACAUAGAACCAUCUGCAGUGAUAAACAGCUCUACAUGCAUCCACUACUCCCGAAACUACCUAUAUGACUUUGAUAAGAUGACCAACAAGAUGUUGCCAGGCCAUGAUGAUGUGGUUUACAAAGAUGUGUCACCCGCUAAGUGUGCUGGCUUGUGUCUUGAUGACCUUAACUGCCAGAGUUUCGAGUUCUGUGCUGGAGAAUGCCAUCUGUCUUCUGCAAGUGCAAAACUAAACCCAAAUGUCACAGUCAGUGGAACAUGUGAUCUUUAUGUAAUGCAAGAUGAAGCAAAAAAGGUGGACAGAGCAUCCAGUAUUACUUCACAGGCUCCCUCUUCCAGUGCAUCCCCUGUUCCAGCAAUCCGGUCUCCAAUAUUAUCAAUCCAGCCUCUCCCCAGACACAGUGCCUUGACUGCAAUAAAUGAUACUACAGGCUGCACACAGAAGAAUGUGGAUGGAGAUUCAGAUAACACAGGACCACGUGUUGGUAUUGCAUUUGGGGUCCUUAUUCUGGGCAUGAUCAUUGGUGCUGUUAGUGUCCUGCUAGUUCACCGCUACCUCAAUCGCCGUCUGGGAACUGACACAAUAGAACUACAUUCUGGUUCUCACUGAGGUGCUGCUAUCAUUAUCCAGCAUUCUGGUCCUGCAUAUCCAAAAUUGAAAGACUAAAUGUGCUUGUGAACUUUUGUUUUCUCGUUUGUAUAGGUAUAGCACACAAGGCAUAAUAAACUGUAAAAUUUUUA